UGAUGAAAGUGAUGAAGGUGAAUCGGAAGAUGGAUUAGCAAAAAGUGAUGAAGAUGAGAUCAUAGAAUUAACAGAAUCUGAAACAGAGUUAUUAACAGAAAGUGAUAUAAAUAGCGAGGAUGAAUAG